CAAGGUUCCCACAGACCUGCAUCCAACUUCAGUGUCGGGCGAGUGCGUCGAGGUUACGCUGACGCGGAACGGUAUUUUGGAGGCACUACCGAAGUGUUGCCAGGCUUGCCACAAAAUGGCCUUCAAUGAACUGACAUCUAGAGCUGUUCUGUUCUAUGAUGAAUGGAUCAAAGAUGCUGACCCAAGGACAAGAGGCUGGCUCUUAAUGUCAAACCCACUACCCCAGACCAUCAUCAUCGCUUCAUACAUAUACUUUGUGUGGUCCCUUGGGCCACGACUAAUGGAGAAUCGCAAACCCUUUGACCUCAAACAAGUUCUGAUUAUCUACAACUUUGGCUUGGUUGCCCUGUCACUCUACAUGUCUUAUGAGUUCCUCAUGUCUGGCUGGGCAACAGGAUACUCAUUCCGCUGUGACGUAGUAGAUUACUCCAACUCUCCUCAGGCAUUGAGGAUGGUGAGGGUAUGCUGGCUCUACUAUUUCUCCAAAUUCAUUGAAAUGCUAGACACAGUGUUCUUUGUUCUGCGGAAAAAGAACAGCCAGGUGACCUUCCUCCAUGUCUACCAUCAUUCAAUUAUGCCUUUUACAUGGUGGUUUGGAGUGAAGUUUGCUCCAGGUGGUCUGGGCACAUUCCAUGCCCUGCUUAACUGCAUUGUCCAUGUGAUCAUGUACACUUACUAUGGUCUGUCUGCUAUGGGUCCUGCCUACCACAAGUAUCUCUGGUGGAAGAAACACCUCACUACCAUCCAGCUGGUUCAGUUUGUGAUUGUGACCAGCCACAUCAGCCAGUACUUCUUCAUGAAGGACUGUCCCUACCAGUACCCAGUCUUUAUCUAUAUCAUUGCACUGUAUGGCUUGGUGUUCCUGGUGUUAUUCCUCCACUUCUGGUAUCAUGCCUACACCAAAGGCAAGCGGCUCCCCAAGCUUCUCCAGAAUGGGAAUGGAGUUUACCGGGAAAAGGUGGAAUGAGCAGCUUCUAAUGAACAGACUUUGUUAGAUCUGCCUUGACAAUCUUGGAAAGUGAUAUAAAGCAUGUACUGUACACUUUUGUAUUCUAAGUAUUAGAACGGUUAAUCUUUGAGGCAUUAUUCCUCUCACCAAAGCUGAGUUAAGUCUGUUUCACUCUUCUGAUGUUGAAUGUCUGGUAAUAUGUCUGGGAUACAGCACAUGGGUUCUGCAUUUCCCUACAACAAUCUUCAAGCUGAGUUUUGGAGGAUGUUAAUGUUUGGUGGCAGCAGCUGUACCUCUUCUGUUUGCAUAUGAAUAUAGCUGCUCUUGCCCAGUUCAGUUACUUUUUACACUAAUUUUUUACACAUCUGUAAAUUUUGUAAACUUUUGUAUAACAAUUUUUUGAAGACAUUUAAAGCAUGGUCUAGAGGGCAUGUGAAUGGCCACUGAGCAGUGCUCUGGAGGCCAAGAGCCUAACAAGCAAAUGGCAUGGGUUUGAAUUCUGAGUCUUGACUAGUUCUGCUUGCAAUACCUUUUAGGUUGCACCAUCAGAAAUGCAGUGUCAUCAUUAAUGAAGAAAAUGUACCAGAUGCUUUGGUUUCCUAAUUUAUUUAGCUUUUAAACUUGAAGUCCUGUUAAUAUUGAGCUGUGAUAUUGACUUUUACCUAGAACCUUAAGAUAGAGAGGAGUGUUCUCAAAGGAACUGUGGUGCAAGAUGUAUUUGAAUACUGCAGUGAUGAACAACUCCCCUCUGUUCAGGAGUUUCACCUAUCACCCUCCAACUAGUUUGUGGGACCUAGACGGAUGUAGAAAGCGGUUUUUAAUCUUACAACAAUGGGGGUUAUUUCAAUAUCAUGGCUCUGUAGUAAUGAAUGUCAGUGGUGUUUUAAUAAGUCACCUAGGCAUGAUGCCACAAUUGCCUUAUAAACUGAAUAUUUGUAAUAAAAUCAUGCAAA